AUGGGUUCGAAGCGAAAAAAGAAGAAACAGUCUCAAACUAUUUACAAAGAAUCAAACAACGAUGAACAGAAAUCAUCAAAUGACCCUCAACGAAUUAAUGAGUCUGUAUCAAUUUUAAAUAGUAGCAAUGACGAAGAAACUAAAUUACCGCCGUUAGAAGAACUUUCCAAUACAAGCUUUAAAAUUCUUCCAAUUGAAAUGUCUUCACCCAUCACCACUUCUUUUACUUCAAUUCAUUAUUGUUACUUUAAAAGUCACGAGUCACGUUCUAAUAAUUCUUCAAUUAAUAUCUUACCUCCCGAUAAAACUCUUUUUAUUUCAAAUUUACCAAUUGAUUCAACAGAAGCACAUAUUAAAUAUUUAUUUCAAGAUUGUGGAGUAAUAGAUAGAAUCAUAUUCAACGGAGUUAUUAAAGAUGAUGAAUUUUUAAUAAAUGCAGUUAAUGAAAAUAGAAAUUUUUUGGUACCAGAUUCUUCUGCUCAUGUUAUUUUUCAAAAAUCUGAAGGAUUAAAACAAGCAUUACAUAUGACAAAGAAAAAGAGAAUAUGGACUACUAAAAAUGAAGAAAUUCCGUCACUAGGAUUAUCUAGAUGGUUGCGUGAUUAUCGAUUACAUCGUCCAGUUCAAAUAAAACUUCAAGAAGCAGUUGAUGAAUAUAUAGUUAAUUUUGAAGAAGCUGAAUUAGAACGACGUAAAGAUUUAGAAGCAAAACUUAAUCAACCAGACGAGGAUGGAUUUAUCACGGUAACAAGAGUUGGAAGACGUAAUGUUAAUACGGAUGAACUCAUCGACCUUCGCAAAAAGUUCGAAGAAGAUAAAGAAAAGAUCGCUAAACUAAAAGCUUCAAGACGAUUUAAACCAUAUUAA